AUGGUGGACGGGGAUUCCAAUAAAUGUACAAUAGACACUGUACAAGUAGCUUUAAGAAUCAGGCCUUUAAUGGAACAAGAGAUUGAAAGAGGCUGCGUUGAAUGCAUUGAAAUGAUAAAUGGAACCCCACAAGUUACUAUUAAAGAUUUAGCAUUUACAUAUAAUUUUGUUUUUCCACAACAUAUAACACAACAAGAAUUCUAUGACACAUCAGUUAAGGGUUUAAUUGGAAAGUUAUUUCAAGGUUACAAUGUUACAAUUCUUGCUUAUGGGCAAACUGGAUCAGGGAAGACAUAUACAAUGGGGACCAAUUAUUCUGGAUCAUUUGGGGACUCAACAAAAUUAGGUGUUAUUCCUCAGGCUGUUGCUGAUAUAUUUGAUUUUAUAGAAACACAUGAAGACCAAUUUAUAUUUAAAGUAUCUGUAUCAUUUAUGGAAUUAUAUCAAGAGCAAUGCUUUGAUUUACUGUCUGGGAAAGAGAGAGGUCACAGUAUUAUUGAGAUUCGAGAAGAUGUUAAUAAGGGUGUGAUCUUGCCAGGUAUAACAGAAGUGCCAGUCUCAUCAACGGCUGAAACAAUGUUGGCGCUAGAGAGAGGUUCAUCGGGCCGUGUGACAGGUUCCACUGCUAUGAACCAGGCUUCCAGUCGAAGUCAUGCUGUAUUCACUAUUACCAUCUUAAAGGAGAGUCGAAGCGAUAAAAACCUUGCAACAUCGUCUAAGUUCCACUUAGUCGACUUGGCUGGUUCCGAGCGCAUAAAGAAGACGAAGGCUAGUGGGGAGCGACUUAAGGAAGGAGUCAAAAUUAACCAGGGCUUAUUGGCUCUUGGUAAUGUGAUCUCUGCAUUGGGGGAUGGCACCAAUAGGAGUUUUAUUAGCUACAGAGACAGCAAGCUUACGCGGCUUCUACAGGACAGUCUUGGCGGUAAUUCCCUAACCUUAAUGGUAGCGUGUGUGAGUCCAGCGGACUUUAAUUUGGAUGAGACGGUUUCUACGCUGAGGUACGCUGACCGCGCAAGGCGUAUACGCAACAAGCCCGUUAUUAACCAGGACGCUAAGGCCGCUGAGAUUGUUCGCCUUAACAAUUUAGUAAACGACCUCAGACUGCAACUCCUUGGUAAACUCCCAUCACUAAGUGAACAAAACAAUGAACAAUUACAAGAAGAGUUGGAAAGAGAGAGAGCCAAAUACCAAGAGUUGUUGAAAAAGAACAAACAAAUUACAGAACAUUUGGGGAACAUUCUCAUUGAAAACACGAAUUUAUGCGAAAAGGCCCUUUUGGCUGAAGCGGCGAAGGACAAAAUUGAAAGAAAGUUAAACGAACUAACGGAACAAUGCAAUCAGACUAUAGAAAAUCUGACGAUGGAGAAAGAAGAAGAUGACUUACAGAAGACAAGUGUAAUGGACUACUUGAAGGAGAUUAAGACGCGAUUAGAAGAUAUGCAGACUUUGAAUAAACAGACCAACGAAGAAAUGAUCGAUCAUGAUAUUAAAUUGUCGUAUAUAAAGGAAAGUGGCGAUAAUAGUGUUGAAGAAGUGAUGACAGAAGAUCAGGCCGCGAUUGAGGAGGAGAAGCGGGCUAUGGGACAGGUGGCGUUGAAUCAAGAAUUGCAAGAGUUAAAUCGAGCUAUGGCCUUUAAAGCAAGUUUGGUGCAAACAAUUCUUAAAAGUAACCAGGAUAUGUUAAAAAGUCAUGACAAUCUCCGAGAGAAUGAGGACAAAAUCACUAAAUUGGAGAAGGAAAAAGAUGAGUUAUUGCAACAGUUGAAGAAUACUAGGACCAAGGAUCCAUCCCAUGACGAGACCCGCAAGCAAGUGUUGAUGUUGGAAUCAGAGAUCACCGAGCUGAAGAAGAAAUGCCAGCAUCAAGCCAACGUCAUCAAGACGACGCAGAAGAACGAAGCCAAGAUCAAGUCUUUGAAUACGGAACUACAAGCCAUGAAGGCUGCUAAGGUGCAAAUAAUUCGUAAAAUGCGUGAAGAAAGCGAGAAGUUCCGCAAAUGGAAGGCAGACAACGAACGGGCGAUGUUACGCCUUAAGACGGAAGAUCGCAAACGGGUUACUGCGAUGGCCAAGAUGGAGUCUCUACACGCGAAACAGCAGAAUGUGCUGAAGAGGAAGAUGGAGGAAGCUGUGGCUGUUAAUAAGAGACUCAAGGAAGCCCUAGACCGCCAAAAACUGACGGCGAUAAAACGCAAUGCAAAGGGAAAUGUUAAGAGUGGCGCAGUACAACAAUAUAUUGAACAAGAGCUGGAGAUGCAUCUCAGUAUUGUGGAGGCCGAGAAAUCGCUUGAGGAACUGAUGGAGUACCGAGCGUGGAUAACUGAGCAAAUCGAGUUCAUCCGCAAUAGUACAGACUCUGAGGCCAAUAGCAAGAAGCUUGAGGAACUAGAAGAUGAUUUGGCCUUACGCAAAGCGCAGAUUUCUGAUCUGCAACAAAAAAUACUUACUGCUGACCAAGAAAACAAAGCUCGCACCCAAUGGGACAAGAUCCAAUCGAUGCUUGAGGCCAAAGUGGCUCUCAAAUGCCUCUUCGAGUUACUCGUUGAUGCGAAGAGAGAUCUCCAAAGCCAGAGUGAGAAAGGCUUCCAGGCGCGAUACGAAGAGAUCAAGGACACUUACGAUCGUCUCAAAGUGGAGUUUGAGAAUAGAGAAGCGGAGUUUGAGCGGCAGUUGGCGAGUAUCAAGGCUGAAAAUGAUGAAAAGCUCUCCGCUCUCUUCGAGUUUCAGCGCGGGGUAAUGGGCCGUGGGGACAGGACGGAAGCGUGUCGCAAUUUGCAAACGGUAUUGCAGUUCCAGCAAGAUAAGCUGGAGUUGCUGGAGCAGGAGAAUAAAAAACUUUCCGACGAGCUGGACCAGCUACGUGCAGCCAGCUGCAAAGCCAAGAAACGCAAUAAGACACUUGAAACGGUGAAGAAAGUGGAAUACGUUGAACCAACUGAUGAGGAGGACGAAGUUGAGGACGUUGAUAACGACCCGGACUGGCGUGCCUCACCACUUACCAAGCGGAUUCGGAGCCAACGCCUGACGAUGAACUUCGUUCCGCCGACAGAAUCCAACGGUAAUCCUACGGCGACUCGGCGUAGCGACACCCUCCCCUACUGCACUUGCAGAGGUAGCUGCAGCAGCAAACUCUGCGGUUGUGUGAAAACUGAUCGCGGAUGCCAUCCCAAAUGCAGAUGUUCGCAGCACCUCUGCAAGAAUCGGCGUCUGUCAUCCGAUAGCGAAGAUAAAGAAAAUAAUCCGGCGUCAAGUUCGCAAGCAGACAAUACUCCGGUGUAUUUUGACAAACGCAUUCAAGCAAUGUAUUUCGGACGACCGGUUUCUAUAUUCAUACCAGCCGUAAUUGCUAAGAGUAUUCAUAUAGAAACCGGAUUGAUAACACGGCAUACUAAACGCAAGUUUAGUUUUGAAAUGUCGCAGGAGCUGAAAGAUGCCUUGAAUGAACCCGCAGUGGAAACUAAACGUCCAACGCGUCCCAUGUCCGAACCCGUGGCUAAGAAUCCCAAUCGCACCCAGAAAUGGAUAGAUCUCCACCCUGACUCGACAUUUGUAAAAAAACCAAGAAGUUUCUUCUUCGGACAAGAGGCUGAUGGGUGA